AUGCCUCUAGAUUCGAGUCAGAUGUUCUGUGCUCUAUUGAUCUCAAUAAUGCUUUCUCUUUUUAUUAAAUCCGUCGUUUUUCCGGAAAAAAGGAAAAGGAUUCAAAAAACGGAACUGGCAAGAAAAAAUAAUAAUACAACAGUGAAUGCGGCGAUGACGAAUCGCCGCCCCCUUAUAAUUCUGCACGACGUCAUGGAGCUUCGUAACUUGUCAAUGGUUGAGCUUCAAACGUUCAAUGGGCAGUUUUCAAAGCUCACCGAUCGUUAUUGGCGGGAAAUUUUCAGGAGGCAAAACGACGCUCAUCACCCAGACCACAUCAACGUUUCACGCCUUCAAACCUCAAAUAUCAUCACCGUUCUUGAUGAGAAUUUGCCGCAAGGGGCGAUUCAGGAAUUGACGAUAACAGGUCUGGUGCCCAAGCCAUUCUCCUCACGACGGUGCGAAGUGAUGCGGUAUCUGCGGGAGCGGCUGUCGUCGUCGCCCAACGUCGAGUUGACAUUUCAAGGCGACGCGUUGCGAAUAACGAAUCCAGAGAAUCAGAAUUCAUCUGCUACUAAUAAAGACGAAUAA